AUGGCCCAGACGUCUCGCUCUGGUAGCCUGCCUCCGCUCGCUACCGUGCCCCCGCAGCGGGCGCAAACCGUGGGCACUGGGGAGGAACAGUGGGAGAGAAUGCGAACGGGCGCUCUCCGCAGGGAGGUUCGCGGCUGGCUGGGGCUGCCGGUAGCCGGGAGCAUCCCCUACCCGGGGAUACGGCCGGGAGGAGCUUCUGGAGGGACGCCGUGGUGGCCGAAGCCGGCGGGUGUGAGCGAGGCCCACGAUGCUGCGGCCUGGAGGCAGGGGGCCGCAGGUGGCGGCCCGAUCCCUCCCGCGCUGCAGCGUCUCCGUGCGGUGUUGCUGCGGCUGCACCGCGAGCGGGAGCAGCUCCUCCUGGCCCGAGACUGUGCCUGCCACCUACAGGCGGCUCUGCGCCUCCUGAAGACCCUGAGUCCUGGCUCGCCCUCCGGCAGCCCUAGCUCCUUGCCCCAGCUGUGCCGCGACUUGCAGCUGCACCUUUCCCAAGGGGCAGUCCUGCGAAUCGGCCUUGGGGAGCCGCUGCUGCUUGCGCGCCCCAUCGGACUAGCCGCCCAGUGCCUGGAAGCUAUCAUCAAGACGCAGCUUCGCGCUCUCGGCCGGGAACCCGCCAGCCCGGGUCUGUCGUCCCAACUCGCCGAGCUGCUCUUGGCACUUCCCGCCUACCACACGCUACAGGGAAAAGCCUUGAGCCACGUCCCAGGGGCUGCACGUCCUUUCCCGACGUCCCGUGUGCUCCGCCUCUUGACGGGAGAACGGGGUUGCCAGGUGGCAAGUCGGCUGGACGAGGCGCUCAGGGGAUCAGGAUUGAGGGACCAGCUCCGCAGGCUGUUUCAUGAGGAGCAGAAUCUGCUACCAGGGCUGCUGGGCCUGACAGGGGGCAUGGCGGCUUCAGCCAGCUGUGGACUGGGGCCUGGAAGGGCCAGAGCCUUGUGGAGCCAAUAUUGGACCCUGCUGUGGGCAGCCUGUGCUCAGAGUCUGGACCUAAAUCUGGGACCCUGGAGGGACCCCAGGGCAGCAGCGCAACAGCUGAGUCAGGCACUGGGUCAGGCGUCCCUACCUCAGGAGUAUGAGAAGGAGCUGGCUUCUCUGUGUCACAGCCUACUUCAUCAGUCGCUAAUCUGGAGCUGGGACCAAGGUUUCUGCCAGGCUUUGGGAUCAGCUCUUGGGGAUCAGAACGGCCUUCCCACAUCCUCUCGCACUGCUGAACUUUUGCAGCAGCUCUUUCCUCCUCUCUUGGAUGCCCUUCGAAAGCCCAGGUUACAAUUGAUUUUCCGGCAGCCUGCAGAUCCUGAGCCUAUCGCCCUGGGGCUAUGUACCUUGCAGACCACCUUGCUUUGGUUUCUGGGCAGAGCUCAGCAGUACUUGGCAGCAUGGGACCCAGCUUCCUUUCUGCUCCUAAUCCAAAAAGACUUACCUCCUCUGUUGCACGAGGCAGAAGCUUUGUCUAGCCUGGCCUCAGAGGAAAGCUUAGCUCUGGAAAUGGAGCAGCAGCUGGGCCUGGAGAUCCAGAAGCUGACUGCACAGAUCCAGCUCCUGCCUGAAGAGUCACUAAGUCUCUUUUCUCAAGAAUGUCAUAAACAAGCCAUGCAGGCUUUCAAGCUCCACAUGCCACGGGGUCGAUACUGGCGGCUUCGUCUCUGUCCCGAACUUCCCAGUGUUCCUAGUGAGUAUGCUGGUUUAGUGGUCCGCACCGUACUGGAGCCUGUGUUGCAAGGACUGCAAGGAUUGCCACCCCAAGCCCAGGCCCCUGCUCUUGGUCAGGCACUGACAGCCAUCCUGGGUGCCUGGCUUGACCACAUCCUUACCCAUGGGAUUCGGUUCAGCCUGCAGGGAGCACUGCAGCUCAGACAAGACUUUGGAGUGGUCAGGGCACUGCUGGAAGAGGAGCAGUGGAGCCUGUCCCCUGAUCUCCGCCAGACCCUGCUCAUGCUCAGCAUCUUCCAGCAGCUGGAUGGGGCCCUAUUGUGUCUGUUGCAGCAGCCCCUGCCCAAGUCUCAUGUCCACAGGAGGCCCCCCUGUUGCUGUGCUUGUCAUGAGGUCCAGACCACAGAACUGCCCAGCAACUCCCUCAAUAGCCUGGAGAGCUUGGAGCCACCUCUCCAGCCUGGAAGAUCCCCAGCCCAGACAGCUCAGCUGCAAAGCACACUAGGUGGAGGAAGACCUAGCCCCAAGGCCUUCCUGGUGGGAAAUCAGCAGGCCUGGCUUGCCCUCAGGCAACACCAGCGACCCCGCUGGCACCUGCCUUUUCUUUCCUGCCUGGGAACCAGUCCUGAAUCCUAAAGAGCCUGGGACCAGAAGUCAGAAAGUUAGAGCUCCCUCCCCAUCUGUAGCUGGAAAAAUCCAGACAUUUGGAAUUGCCUAGAACUGGAAGGAAGCCUAGAACUGGCAGCUUGGAGGAAAGCAUACUGGAGAACAAGCUACACAGAGCCUGGACUUAAGAAUCCAUGAUCACUCCAGCACUUGGAAUCCAGAGUAAAGAGCAAGACCACAGUCUGGAACCCGAAGGUCAGCACCCUUGGGAGGUUCAGGCCUAGUUCUCCAUCAGGAAAGGCAUCUCAGGGCUAAAGAGUUGAGUGUUCAGGGAUAAGGAAAAGGAAAAGCUUUUUCCUUUUGCUUUUCCUGUAGAAAACAGAGGCUAGAUGGACAUGGUGGCGGCAGGCACCUGUAAUCCCAGCUACUCUGGAAGCUGAGGUAGGAGAAUCACUUGAACCUGGGAGGUGGUAACUGCAGUGAGCUGAGAUUGCGCCAUUGCACUCCAACCUGGCCAACAAGAAUGAAACUCCGUCUCAAAAAAAUCAAAAAAAAAAAAAAAACCAACAAAAAACGUAAAAGUAAACAGAGGCUAGAAUGCACUUCAGCUUAAGUCCUAGUAGCCAGGCUAAUUCAUGGGUGUUGGAUACAAUGAGUUAUAAAUUUCUCUUCAAAGAAUCAGUAUGUCAGUAUAUUCAGUUCUUUGUCCUCCACUUUGAAGUUUAACUUCCUUGUAGUUUCACUAAACAAUCUUUUCCACUAGUUCUAAUCAGUAGUUCACAUCUGUUCCCAGUCCCCUGCUCCAUCCUGACCAUCCCGGUCAACUACUUUGACCUGAGCCACCCAUGGUUACCUGCUCUGACCUGUCUCCUAACUGUCCUUCCCACCAAACUACCCAUCCCACCACUCUGGCUGGUACCCCUGCUUGCCAAUCAGAAUUAAUCUAGACUGUGUGGUCUAACCCUAGCCAGAAGGGGAAUGACACAGCAGUAGGGGCUACCUCCGUCAGGAAUAAGUACCCCUUCCCUCCCUUGUCUAGGUGUGUACUCACCAUUGUUCCAUCUGUGAGCUGAACCUUUUUUUUUUUUUUUGAGACGGAGUCUUGCUGUGUCACCCAGGCUGGAGUGCAGUGGCGUGGUCUUGGUUCACCGCAACCUCCGCCUCCCAGGUUCAAGCAAUUCUCUGCCUCAGCCUACUGAGUAGCUGAGAUUA